AUGAGGAUGUUACAAAAUCUACUGGUGAUUCUUGUAUUCAGUACUUAUUUAGCAGCCACGUUGGGUGAAGGAAUACGUGAGGAUGGCGACGAUGGUAGGAAGCCUUACAUUGUAUACAUGGGAGAACUACCAGCACCCGAAAUUUCCGUCAUGAGCAGACACCAUAACCUGCUCGCGCAAGCGAUCGGAGAUGUCAAAGUAGCCAGAGAAUCAAGAAUUCAUAGUUAUGGAAGGAGUUUCAAUGGGUUCGUAGCAAGAUUGUUGCCACAUGAAGCACAGGCACUCUCAGAUGAUGAUAGUGUUGUGUCAGUGUUCCCAAACACCGUGCGCAAACUUCAUACAACAAGGUCAUGGGAUUACCUAGGGUUGCCGUUGAAAUCAAAGAAAAGGAACUCUCAGAUAGAAAGCAAUACCAUAGUGGGCGUGUUGGAUUCAGGAAUUUACAUGCAGGCUCCCAGUUUCAACGAUAAAGGCUACGGACCACCCCCAGCUAAAUGGAAAGGCAAAUGUAUGAAGGGUGCAAACUUCACAGGCUGCAACAACAAGGUGAUUGGUGCCAAAUAUUUUAAAUUGAACAUUGCCCGUACUUGGGGCAUUCAAAGCCCAGUCGACGAUGAUGGCCACGGCACUCACACUGCCUCCACCAUUGCUGGUGCAGCCGUCAAAGGUGCCAGCUUAUACGGCGUUGCCAAAGGGACUGCACGUGGGGGCGUGCCCUUGUCACGCAUCGCCGUGUACAAAGUGUGCUGGAGCACUCUUGGCUGCAGUGACAUGGAUAUUUUGGCCGCGUUUGAUGAGGCCAUUGCCGACGGUGUGGACUUAAUAUCGAUCUCAAUUGGUGGUCACUCGCGGAGGUUUUUGGACGAUCCCAUUGCCAUCGGAUCAUUUCAUGCCAUGAAAAAAGGGAUUUUUGUGUCGUGCUCAGCUGGGAAUGAUGGGCUUCCGGCCAGUGUGCAGAAUGUAGCACCAUGGAUUAUGACAGUGGCUGCUAAUACCCUUGAUAGGCAGUUACAGACUGUAGUUAAACUUGGCAAUGGCCAGAGGAUUUCUGGAAAUGCACUCAAUACCUAUUCGCCGAAGAAACUGAUGUAUCCUCUUAUAAGUGGAGCCCUUGCAUAUAACACGAGUAAUGAAUUCGGGGGAAAUGCAAGUGCUUGUGAUUCCUGGACUCUAAACGCUAACCUGGUGAAGGGGAGGAUUGUGUACUGCCAAGGGUUUGGUUAUCAGGAUUACACUAUUCAACGGUUAAAGGGUGCUGGAACCCUAAUUUCACGUGAUGAACUUAAUGAUUAUGCAUAUAGCCCUAUAAUCCCUGGUACCGAUAUCCUUGUCCAAGAUGGGAUCAAGAUCGACAAGUACAUCAACUCUACCAAAAACCCUACGGCAGUCAUAUACAAGACCAGAACUCCUCGAAUGACCGCCCCCAUCGUCGCUUCUUUCUCGUCAAGAGGACCUCAACAGAUAACACUCAACAUCCUCAAGCCUGAUAUUUCUGCACCAGGGGUAAACAUAUUGGCUGCAUAUUCAAAGAUACCAUCCAUAACUGGUUACCCAGAAGAUCUGCGCCACAAUGUGUUCAAUGUGUUAUCAGGUACGUCCAUGUCUUGCCCUCAUGUAGCAGCAGCAGCAGCCUAUGUCAAGUCUUUCCAUCCGGACUGGUCACCUGCUGCCAUCAAGUCCGCUCUCAUGACAACUGCCACACCAAUGAAAAACGAAACAGCAGAUACCCAGCUAGCCGCAGGAGCAGGACAAGUAAACCCGAAAAAGGCGGUGCAUCCUGGUCUUGUCUACGACAUAACCCUAGAUGACUACUUUAGUUUCUUGUGUAAGGAAGGUUUCAACGACACAGACAUUGGAAAACUUGUUGGGGAUAAAAAGAAUUACAAUUGCUCAAACUUUAAACCUCCACGAGGCACAGACGGCCUCAACUAUCCUUCUAUGCAUCUUCAGCUUCUCCCGAAUGACAACUCUAGCGUUUCAGCAGUCUUCUACAGAAGAGUUACGCAUGUAGGGUUCGGUAAUUCAGUAUACAAGGCAAAGGUGAUGAAUUCGAAUGGUCUGAGGGUGAAAGUCAUACCGAAUACGUUGACCUUCACUAAGUUGCAUCAGAGAAGGUCUUUUAAGGUUGUCGUGACCGGUCGCCCGACGAUGACCGAAACAGUUAUGCAUGCUAUACUUCAGUGGGAUGAUUCUAUACACAACGUUAAGAGCCAUAUCGUAGUCUACAAGCAUCUCAGUUAGCUCCAGUAUUUGGUAGCUUUUUUUUUUUUUUUUUUUUUUCCUAUUAGUUUUCAUUUGUGCUUGUAAAUAAACAUUUGUUCAUCACUAAGUUUCUUUCGUAUCGAAUUCAUUUCAGAGACAUACUUCCAUAUGUACACUGUCUAACACCACAACAAUAUAUAUAUAUAUAUAUAUAUAUUAUAUAAACAGCCCAUAGAUAAAAUUCAUACGAAUUGGAUUUUUACAAAACAAAGAUAAGAGAUCUGCUCCAGGCCCAAAAUAAAAAUGGCUUUAC